CCUGCCUAUGGGUCUCUGCGCAGACAGGGUGAUGGGUGCCCCAUGUGCUUAGAGAGACUCCCAUCAUAGAGAAGCAUACAAGAACUAGCUUUCUACCAACAUCAAAAUGGGGCUUCCUCAUCUCGUCCCCAGCCCAGGGGCUCAUGGUUCUGCCCUGUGGACCUCGCUGCUUGCACUGGUGGAGGGUCCCUGUGCAGGGCCUCCUUGUCCUGUUUUCUCAGGUUGAGGACCAUGAGGCUAGCAGAUACCCUCGAAACAGAGGUUCUUGCAACCUCCCUGCAUGGAUAAAAUUACACCCACUUGAAGUCCUACUUCCACUGCGGGUCCCAAGAACUAUUUCAUGGGCCAGCUCUGAAGAGUUCAGUAUAAAUGAAAAUGACACCAGCUGCACGACAAGAAGUUCUUGGCCUUUACUGCAGGAUAUUCAGAAUAGCCAAAAAAUGGCAGUCUGCAUCAGGACAGAUGGAAGACACUAUUAAAGAGAAACAGUACAUUAUAAAUGAAGCCAAAACCUUAUUCCAAAAAAACAAAGAUUUAACAGAUCCAGAGCUGAUUAAACAGUGUAUAGAAGAAUGCAAGGCAAGAGUAGAAAUCGGACUUCACUAUCACAUUCCCUACCCAAGACCUAUUCAUCUGCCUCCUCUGGGUCUCGCUCCACAACGUGGUCGUGCAUUUCGAAACCAAGAAAAGCUGAGGAAGCUUUCCAAGCCGGCCUACUUGAGAUCCUACGACGAAGUUUCAUAACACACUGUCAAAGCGUGGUGCAUAUUAUCACGAACUGCAAGGCAGGUGUGUCAUGUAUGCAACUGUGAAUGAAACUGUGUGCUUGAUAGUCGCUUACACUCUUCCUGACGCCACAAGCCUAGCUGAUUCAGCAUGUAUGAUGGAUAGGGAUGUAUGGAAACUGUCUUGUAUUUAAGAUUCAACCAUUGACAUCAAUAAAAAUAACAUGUUUUAAGGA